ACAGUCUCAGCCCUCGGGCGUCGUCACGUGACGGGUCUUUGUCCGGACAUUCGGGUGACGGAAGCCACACCGGAUAAAUCAAAAGCGGGUGAGAAGUAAAGCAGAGACUGAUGAACACCCGAAAGAGGGUGGCGUAUUCUCUCACGGACCUUUUACUUCUGCCACACGGUGUCCUUUAAAGGAUGGAUUUCUCCUCUCAUCAUAUUCGUCUUCUUCAGCAAUUGGAUGAACAGAGAAAGAAAGACCUAUUUUGUGACUGUCACAUCAUGGUGGAAGGGCAGAUGUUCAAGGCUCACCGAAAUAUCUUAUUUGCUAGCAGUGGGUACUUCAAAAUGCUACUGUCCCAGAGUUGCAAGGAUAUGAGCCAGCCCACCACAGCAACAUUCGAUGUGUUUUCUGCUGACACCUUCACUGCCAUCCUAGAUUUUGUGUACUCUGGGAAGUUACCCCUAUCUGGGCAGAAUGUUAUUGAAGUUAUGUCAGCAGCUAGUUAUCUGCAGAUGACUGAUGUGAUCAGUGUAUGCAAGAUGUUUAUCAAAUCAUCAUUGGACAUUAAUGAAAAAGACAGAGAUGGGUUCUUUAGCUUGUCUGACAAAGACAACGGAAGUAAUGGCACUGGACUUUACGCAGCAGGUUGGAGGACAGAAAAUAGCCCAACGCACAGCCGUGAAACAGAACAUGGUGGCUUCAUUGCUGGAUACAAUUAUCCCCCUCCUAUAACUUCACGUUUACAGCGCCCCUUUUCUAAACAUCCGCGUAAACCAGAGCAUGUCCGCAAGCACCGGAGGCGUUUAAUGCCUGAACCUUUAACUCCUGCAUGUAUCACACAUGUACCACUAGGAGACCUUGUAGGUGGUUCUGCUGAAUGUAUGGUCCAUGAUGAAGAGAGUGCACUACAGGAAGAACCGCAUCCACAUGAAGACUUGAUGUGUACAAAGGCUGAAGACGAGGAUGAAGGGGAUACCACUCAAAGCUGGCCAGAGUCUCCACAGCAUGCAGACUCUGGAGAUCAGGACGUUACUCCACGUGUUUCCAAGGCGGAGGAGCUGUACAAAGCAAUGCCAACCAUCUUAGGUGUUAUGUCCAGUUGGAGUGAAGAUGACCUGAGUCCCGUGCGAUUUAAAUGCCCCUUUUGCACACACACUGUCAAGCGCAAAGCAGAUCUUAAGCGGCACCUGCGCUGCCACACUGGAGAGCGGCCAUAUCCCUGUGAAGCAUGUGGAAAGAGAUUCACUCGGUUGGAACACCUGCGCAAUCAUUUCCAAACCAUCCAUGAAGCUGGCAAGCUCAUCUGCAGACGGUGCAAACUACCAGUCACAGAGAUGACAGGGCGUGUAAUUCAAGAUGGGACAAGAAGGUAUCGUCUCUGUCAUCCAUGCCUAUCAGAAGCUGGUUUGGAUAAUGUCAGCUUUGAUUUUGGUGAUGAUCAGCCCCUUGUGCUUCCACCUGAAAAUGAGCGGGAGCAGCGCUGGCACUUCAAGGAUGAUGGAAGAGAAGAGAAUAGCGGGGACCGCCCAGAAUCGGACCUUAUUGUGCAAGAAGUAGAAGACAGUGAUGAGGAAGACUCGAAAUCCCAAAUCAAAUGAAUUUUUGGGCAAACCAAUUCCCACAACUCUAUUUCCAAAAAAAUACUUUGUCCGAACUACACUGCGGGUUAUUGUGAUAAAACUUUUAGCAUCAUAUUAUUUAUGUAUAUGCUUGUUUUAGUCAUUACAAUUAUUAAUUGUGCACCACUGCUCCUUUUAAUAGUAGUCAUGUCCAAAGAAUGAUGCUUCAUUAUUAUGGCUGGAUUCCUGUUUAUAUCCUUUAUGGCUGCUGCAGCUUGCUGGUCCAAUGCCCAUCAUAGUCCCUCAACUGUAAAUAUAUGCCCAAAUUGUCAUGAUGGGGAAAAAAAAAAACCACCUUCUACCCAGCAGUAAUCGAUGUCAUGGAAAAUGCCUUUUCCAUUCUGUGUUAUUGGAGAUGUUAAAUAUUCCUGAAAGUUUUGCUGUAAUGAAGUUUUACCUUUUACAUAAA